AUGGCCACAGGUCUUGCUCCUGCUGCUUCAGUUUCUGAUGUCCUGAAGGAACUUUCCGUUAAAGAAAAUGACGUGCAAAAGCCUUGGGAAAGACCUCCGCUUUCUGCAUCCUAUGCAGCCAAACCAUGCAUCAAAUUCCAGAAAAUUGACAUCGCCGAGAGCAGCUACGACCUGGGAUCUCCCGAGAUACACCUUUUCGGAAUCACUAAAAAUGGCCAUUCUAUUCUCGUACGAGUUGUUGGAUACGAGCAUUACGCGUAUUACUUGGUCCCCAAAGGGUUCUCGAAAGAUGAUCUCGAACCUCUGCGCAACAAUCUUAACGAACUCAUAGUGGAAAGUUACGAGGAAGUAUCUUCCGCCCCUAUCUCACGAAUUGACCUCGAGAAGGGGAAAGGAGAACUUUCCUAUCUAAAGAUUAUGGUUUCGGAUUAUCACGAUCUAGAUGAGCAUUCCAAGGCACAAAUCUUCCAAUUGGGAAGAUGUAAAUAUCGGGACAUGUUCCCUAAUCCUCAAAAUCCAUGCUGGACAAGGAGGUAUGUCAAUGCCAUGUCGUGGCUGAAGCUCACCGCUAAAAAAUACAAGAUUGUUCCAGCUGAAAACAAGAUUUCGACUUGCCAGUUGGAAGUGUCCAUCCAUGACGAGCAUAUCAUGUUGACUUCAGGUCAGGCAGAAAUGGGCCCAUUGCGUAUUCUGAGCUUCGACAUUGAGACUGACAUUCCCGAUGAUCGUAAUGUGUUCCCGACUGCGAGGAACUAUCCCAUCUUCACCAUUGGAAAUAGGAUAUCUACCUACGGUCGUGCAAACAGUGACGAUGUACAAAUCGUGUUUACCCUUGGUUCGUGCUCUCCUAUAAGUGGGGCUACUGUGGUUGCUUGUGAAGAUGAAGCUGCAUUGCUACUUGCGUGGAAAAGCUUCAUAAUUGAGGUUGAUCCUGACAUCGUUCUUGGCCAUAACAUCACUAGGUUCGACAUGCCGUUUCUUUUGGGUCGAGCCAUAGUCAUGGAAGAUCCAUAUGCGUUACCAGCCUGGAACGCCUUUGAUAAAUGUCCGGGAUACGUCGGGCGCUUCGUUCUUGAUAUCUACAAGCAUGCCUCGGAUAUAGGCAUAACGGGUCGCGGGAGAUCAACGCUAAACAGUCUUUCAGAGCGAUUCCUGAACGACAAGAAAGAAAAUCUUUCCUUCGACAAAAUUCCGGGUUUGCAAGCCGGCACUGCUGACGAUAGACGUACUCUUGCAACAUACUGUCUCAAGGAUACGCUACUUCCACUUCAUUUGAUGAAUAAAAUGGAAUGCCUGCCUAUCCAAAUCAAGCAAGCCAGAAAAGCCCAUCUUCCAUUGAACGCGAUGCGCGAGAGACCAUCUUUGAAGGACACUUCACAGAUUUGUCAGAAACGCAAGGCAGAGAUAGAGGGUGAUUCUAAUACUAACUAUACUCUCGAUGGAGAACGCGCGUUGAAAAGACAACGCUCUGACGCAUACUAA